AUGAGCGCAGGAGGUCUGUCCUUGCUCAUAUUUGCACAGCCCAAUCAAUUCCACGGGUUGAAAACUAUUGGCUUGGUGGUUUAUAUCGUAAACAUUAUCAUAUUUUCGCUCGUUACAAUGACCAUGGCGGCUCGGUUUAUGUUCCACACUGGCGAAAUGGUCCGCUCCCUCACGCACCCAAGAGAAGGCUUCUUUUUCCCGACCUUCUUUCUCUCCAUCGCUACCAUCAUCACAAGUACCCAACGAUAUGCCAUACCGGACAACCAUGUCGGGCUGGAAUGGGCUAUACAAGCAGCUUUUUGGAUAUACGUCGCUUUGACGGCAGUACUUGCUAUUGGCCAAUACAGCUAUGUCUUUGCGGUUCAUAGUCUCAACCUCCAGAGUUUCAUGCCAACUCUGAUUCUGCCAAUCUUUCCCAUCAUGCUUUCCGGGACAAUUGCAUCUGUCAUAGCAUCAACACAGCCUGAAAUCGCCGCUAUGCCGAUUCUCAUCGCCGGGCUAACCUGCCAAGGUCUUGGGAUGUCGGUUGCUAUACUUAUGUAUUCCCACAUGAUUGGACGCUUGAUCCAGUCUGGUCUUCCGAACCGAGAGCACCGCCCUGGACUUUUCAUGUGUGUUGGUCCGCCAGCGUUCACAGCCUUGGCUUUGAUCGGCAUGGCGAAUGGAGUACCGGAUAGCAUCAAGGAGCUGGGCAUCGAGAAAAGUAUCAUCAGAGUCAUUGCGGUGCUAGUGGCCAUUUCACUCUGGGCCCUCAGCCUUUGGUGGUUCGGCAUCGCUGUCGUCGCUGUUGUUUCAUCGCCACCGAAAUAUUUUCAUCUUGGCUGGUGGUCUAUGGUGUUUCCCAAUACAGGUUUCACAUUAGCAACGAUCUCUAUCGGGAAAGAAUUGGCAAGCGGUAGUUUGCAGUGGGUGACUACAGGGAUGAGCAUUUGCAUGGUCCUUAUUUUUGGCUUUGUUUUUGUCAACCUUGUUCGGGCGGUAUGGGUUCAAGACAUUAUGUAUCCAGGAAGAGAUGAGAAUGUAGAGGACCAUUGA